UGCAAUUAGCACUUGCAAAAAAAAGUGGUUGGAUUUGGCAGAACACCCACUUUACUUUUUUUUCUUCUUCAUGUGAACUUCCUCUCAUUACUUACACCGUCGCAACGUACUUGCAGUUCCAAUUCACAACUUUACGAUUUAACGGGAUCAUCUAGGGUUAAUUCAACGCAUAAUCCUUUAAGAUCGCAUCAUGAGUGAUGACGAUUGUUCAAUCUGCUUAUUGGCACCUGUUUCCGAAAGAUGUGGCAGAGAGGUUGGAGAUUGUAAAAUCUGUGACCAAUCUGUUUCCUGGAAAGGCAGAGUCGAACCUUGCGGACACGAGGUAUUCCACCAUUGCUGCAUUGAAGGAUGGUUGGAUAAAGGAGAGCGUACAUGUCCUAUCUGCAGAGGAAAUAUUAUCGGUAUCCGUCACAAUUUCUCCCAGGACGGAAACCACUCAAAGUACAGAAAACUUGCAGAGCUUGAACCACGUCGGGUUGUUUUAUUUUUAGCUCAUGGGGUACAACGAGCCCUAUUAAUUCCACAGCAGAAUGUGCGACGACGUAUAAGCGUGUACUUAACAAAAUCCUUUUCCAUUCCUAUCAUAUCCUUCAUACGAAGAAGAGUCACGCCGCAAGACAUCGCCAAUAGCAGCGACAUGGAGGCUCGAGUCCGUCUCUUUGCGGAGCAUGAGAUUCAAAUAUUUUCGGCUAAAUGUGUCUGCCCUGCUUGUCAGGAACCAACCUCGAGCUCGUCCAUUCACAUGAUCGUUCCCAGUGAGGUCGAGGUAAUCCGCAAUUUCGUCGUGAACAAAAUUGUGGAUCUUUUGAAACGGUAUGACCUACAAGAUAAAGCGGUUGAGAUUGAACAAGAGGCUGAGCAAUACCUGAACGAGCAUGCGCGGUUAUUUUUGCAUGAGUUGAGAGCCUGGAUCGAAAGUCCAUUUGACACUCUGGAACAAUGGCAUCGGAACGCGAGAUAUCUCAACGAUUCCUUUUUGACAUCAAUCGAGGACAAUUAUCCUCUCGUGUAUAGUCCAUCUCGAAGACCCAACCUCAUACGAAGAAACGCUGGACUCCAAAGAGGAUGAUUUUUCGAGGUAACUAAAUACCUUGGGAAACCAUAUCGAUGGUAAAUUUUCAACCCACGGUUACUGAAGAGCCUGCAGUUCCCGUCAUCGAGAACGUAGAUUUCGAAUGACAGGCUGCCACAAACUUUUUCUCCUACGAAGAGAACGAAUGCGGAAAUUCUUUUGGCAGUCCCGACUCUCGUCCAACUCUUAGAGAUAGCCAUUCACUAUCCAAGAAACAAGCCUUUUUACCAAUUGCACCGCAGAUCACACUCGAAGAUUCCUUAGCAUAGUUCAGCAAUAUCUCAGCGAUUCAAGCAACUCACGAUAACUAAUACAGGGCACACAAAGGCGAUAUCCCUACCAUUCUGUCUUUUACUUCAUCCGACUUCAAUAGGCCUCGAUAUUUCCACAGUCAAGGCCAGCGCAACAUUUUAUCUUUGUCCAUAUUUCGAAUCUACUUCGCAUGUUAGGCUCAUUGACAAAAGAUAUACUAAAAAGAUGAAUGGAUUCAGACUUGGAAACUAGGAUUUGUCUGUUGCUUUUUUUUCAGAUUUUUUUUUUCCUAUCUUGUUUUUCCUUUCUUCUAUUUAUUACC